UUCCGAUCCCGAACUGAAACAUGGCUAUUUUGGCAUAUGUUAUCUUGAUUUGUAUUAUUACCAAUUGCUUUUGUGAUACCUGCUAUGACGUACUUCCGGAUUGCCGUGAGUACACGAGCACCGCUUGUGAGGCCCCCUACCGGCUAUGGGCGUAUCAGAACUGUGCAGCAUACUGUGGCUUUUGUCGGAAACCAUGCGAUGACGUCAUUUCCGAUUGUGAUGAGUAUGGAAGCAGCGCUUGUAAAGCCCCGUAUGUUUCGUGGGCGAUCCAAAAUUGUGCCAAAUAUUGCGGAUUUUGUGAUCAAAGUAAACAAAAAGCACAAUGUAGCUAUAGUGACUGGAUGGCGGUUUCGGAUUGUUCCGUAACUUGUGGGAGUGGCUACAAAACGGAAGUGAGGUCAUUUCUAAAGGUCAAGGACAAAACACCAGGAUCAAAAGACUGCAAAGAGGAACUUGAACGAUAUACAGAAUGUAAACUUGACCCAUGUCCCAAAUAACAAAGAAUCCUCAUUUGACACCGCUCUUAUUUUCUCAUCAUACACUGUGAC